UCUGCCGCAGCUCUGAACCACCAUAUCUCUCUCCAAUCGCCUCCAAUGCCUCCCAAAAAAAGCCAAGCUCUUGCUGAGAUCACCCUUAAUGAAUCUAUGGUCCAAGAAGCGGUGCAAAAGGUACGCAAUGGAGCGUCAACAGCCUUCAAAGCAGCAAAGGAGUACGGUGUCAACCGCCACAAGGUCCUUCGACGUCUUCGAGGCAUUCCUUCAGCACUAGAGGCAAUGAAGCAGAGAAAGAAGCUCUCAGACAUAGAGGACAAGGCACUGUGUGAGUGGGUGGUGCGGUGGGGCAUCUUGGGAUGGGCUCCAACAAAGGAGGAGCUCGAAGAGCAUGCCAGCAUGCUUGCAAAAUUGCCAUUUGCCCCAGGAUGGGCUAAUCGGUUCCUGGAGCGACACAAAGAGUUCAGCUAUCGCCGAAUCAAUGCCCAGACCGAGGCUAGGAUCUGGGCAUUGACCUUGCCAAAGAUUGAAGCGUACUAUGAACUGGUGAGUUGA